GCAGUCUGCUGCGCACUCCUACCACCACACAUUUCAUUGUCCCAAAGCCUGAAACAUGGAGAGUCGCUGAACAGUUCUCCUCUGGUCUGAAACCCGUCUAAAGUAACAGACUGAGUUCUUUUGUUGCUUUUAAACCGGCUGAUUUUCACAACCAUGGAGCGGUAGUGUGUGUGAGCGCGGACCUGCAGCAGCUUACACUGAGCGACACCUGCGCUCUCCAUUCCCCUCUCUUUUGUCUCCAACAUCUCCGUAGCUCACGACCAGCAGUAAAGAGGAGGAGAGGAGGAGGAGGAAGAAGAAGAGGAGCGGGGUGUACCUGAUACCCACAUCCGUGUCUCGCGCAGAAACAGCCCGAACCGACUGCUGCGGGCGCUUUCCUCUCCUGUCUGGCUGUGAUUUUCUGUGAGGAAGCGGACUAUACAUCAUAAGAUAGAAGAUGCGUCCUCCGCUGCUCCUCUGCGCUGUGGUGUGUCUGUGUGCGGCACCGGGCCCGGUGGCUGGGGCGGAUAGAAGCUGCUCCGACCUGCGGCAGUUCUACACCGGGAAAGGGUUCACUCUGGCAGGGGUACCUCAGACCGAGAUCUCCGGAGAACAUCUGCGGAUGUGCCCUCAAGGGCCGACCUGCUGUACCAGCACCAUGGAGGAGAGCCUGGCUGGUUUGACUGCUCAAGAGACAGAGGGAUUGAUCAGAGAGGCUGGCAGGUCCCUGCAGGCUGCUUUUAAUGCACUCUACAGGAGUUUUGACACCUAUUUCACUGAACUGCAUGGCCGUUCUGAGCGCUCCCUGCAGGAGGUGUUGUCUCCACUCGGCCCCCUGUACUCCCAGAACACUCGUCUGUAUGGAGAUCUCUAUGCUGACUUGCGCCAGUACUAUCGGGGCUCUGCUCUCAACUUGGACGAGAACCUGUCUGACUUCUGGGCCCGCCUAUUGGAGCGAACUUUUAAAACCUCUACCCCUACAGAUGUCACUUUAUCAGAAGAUUACUUUGAAUGUGUUGCUAAGCAACAGGAGACGCUACGGCCAUUUGGAGAUGUCCCUCGGGACAUGAAGGUGAAGGUGAUCCGGGCUUUUGUCACUGCCAGGUCAUUUGUCCAAGGGCUGUUAGUCAGCGCAGAUGUUGUUAAGAAAGUGUCACAGGUUUCUCUGGGACCAGAAUGCUCCAAGGCCCUGAUGAAGCUGGUUUACUGCCCCCACUGUCGUGGCCUAGCCUCCGUCAAGCCCUGCUCCAACUACUGCUCCAACGUCAUGAAGGGCUGCCUGGCCAACCAAGCUGACCUGGAUCCAGAGUGGCAGAACCUAAUAGAUACAAUGAUCCAGGUGGCGUCCAGUUUCAGCACAGAGCCCAGUCUUGAUGUGGUUCUCACCUCCAUCCCUGCUCGAAUUUAUGAGGCUGUGCACUAUCUGCAGGAAAACAUGGACACAUUUACAGCAAAGGUAUACCAGACAUGCGGAACUCCAGGUGAACCAGGAACAGGAAGUCCUACCCUCCAUGAGCAGAAGAGGAAAAGCAGCUCCCUGACUGCACUAGAAUACAAACCCUCCCCAACAGCUGGACUCAGACUGGAAAUGCAGGUGUCUGAUCUCUCUAGUAAGCUGAGGGAGAUGCGUCAGUACUGGGUCCAGCUCCCUGUGGCACUUUGCAGCAAACUGGCAGCAGGAGGCAACAAUCAAGAUAAAUGUUGGAACGGCAUUACCAAAGCCAGGUACCUUCCAGAGGUGAUGGGUGAUGGUUUGGCCAAUCAGAUCAACAACCCAGAAGUGGAGCUUGACAUCACGAAGCCAGACAUGACCAUCCGGCAGCAGAUCAUGCAGCUCAAAAUAAUGAGCAACAAGCUAAAAAAUGCACUCGAUGGCAAUGAUGUGGACUUCCAGGAUGCAAGUGAUGACAUCAGCGGCUCAGGAAGCGGUAUGUGUGUAGGUGGUCAGUGUCCUCGCAGCAGACCGGGAUUGUACGCCUACCCACCAGACAACAACCGAGUCACAGGCGCAGCCACGUCUCAAACUGACAUCUGUAGCCUCCUACUGAUGCUUCCUUUGACCAUCCUGCUGCUUCAGCGAUGAUAGACCGCCGCUGCCUCCUGUUAGGCUCUGAGGGCCAGAGCUGAACUGAACCAUGGGAAAGGGGCUUUAGUUGGUAGAAGACUGGAGCGGAAUUUUGCCAAAAAUGAAUAAAAAAGGAUAUUUUGGGGAAUCAGUGGACAUUUACUUUGACAAAGAGAAGGAAACACUGACCAUAGUCUUUAUUUUGCUGCGUGUGUCUUAGUUUGUGAUUUAGCUUACUGAGCUGGUUUCAGAGGAUGUUUGGAAGAGAAUAACUAAAAGAUGUUGUUUAGAAGAGAAGGAAAUGCCAACAACUCUGAUAAUGAAGAUAAUGUGUAUUUAGCUCCAGGGUCCAGUCAGCAGGUGCCCUUAUCUGUGAUGUGUUCAACAAAACUUUUUUUUUAUUUUAUUCAGUAACUUGAGUCAAGGUUGUCUACCUUAAUGAACAUUGUGUACACUGUAAAUUUUUGUAUACAUUACCUUAAAGACUGGCACCAUAUUGAGCCAUGAAUGUAGAAUAUGAUACUCUAUUGGUAAAAAAAAAAAAAGAAAAGAAAAGAAAAGCCUCAUAAUCUGUGUUGUAGUCGUCAUGACAUGUUGGCAUAAUCCAAUACAUUCAGUAGGAAGUGUUUGUGUUGCAGAUAUAUCAUCACACUCCUGAAAUGUAUGAGAUGUUGUACCUCACUUUUACUUCAGAAGAAAAAAAGCAAAAAUGUCCACCUUUUUUAAACAACUCACCACCUUUGUAAAGAGGUAAGUAGCCUAAUCAGAGCUGUUACAACAAGCACAGACAACCAGUUCCCAUAAGUUCUGCUUUCUGAAGACAAAAAAUUGCACAGUAUUCUUCCCCAUCUGGUUGUUAUAACCAUAAAGAAAUUAUGAAAAGUAAAAGUUUCAUAAGAUAGCAGCGGGAAGGAGACAACUUUUGAAAUGGAUAUCUGUGUUAACUGACAAAUCAACACAGUGGUUGAUGAACUGUAACCAAAGCUUAAUACACUGUACAUAUUUUCACAGCAGAGAAUGGCUAAAGUACGUUGACUAUGACCCCCCCUCAUCAAUUUUUUUUUUAUUUUAUUUUAUUUUUUUUACUAUAAAUGUAUCUGUGGGAAAACAAAGGUGUUCAGGUCCUGAACACCUUUGUUUGGAAGCGGGGUAACCUAGUCUGGUAGGCUUGGGUCUGAAGAGCCUGGGUUCAAGUCCCUGGGGGUUACUCCCAAAACAUGGUAAGCCACUGUUCUCUAGUACGUCAAAUGCAGAGCCGAAUUUUCUGAUUGGGGUUAAUAAAGUACAAAUUAUUAAAUGUUUUGUUUUGUAUAUACAGGUUUGCAGACUUCUGUUUACAUUUGCCUGGUGAUGUAUUGUUUAACAGGGCAUGCCUUUCUUAACUUUGCACUGCUGCUGUUGCAUAUGGGACUCCUAAUUCAUACAAAAAUGGCAAAUGUGUUACAUGCAUACACACUCUGGGACUGUGUAUUAAGCUGGUUUUUAUUCAUCAGUGUAUUUAAUCACACAUUUUGUCCAUUAAACUCUGUUUGGUUGUAGCA